AUGCUGGCAGCCAUGUAUUUUGCCCUCAAGGAACUAGGGUUUACUCCUUUCCAUGGCCAGGAAUUUCCCUCAAACCCGACAAGAUGGUUUCUUCUAUGGAAAGAAGCUAUAGAUUGCAAUUUUUAUGGGAAGGGCACGCCAUAUGGACGCGAAGAAUUCGAUAAAUUGCUAGCAGGCUACGAUGCUAUCAUGGACUUUCCCCCGUGUCUUUUCUGGGAAGAUUUCUACAAGGCAUAUCCUAAUGUCAAAAUUAUUCUCACCAAUCGCGACCCCGACUCCUGGCUGAAAUCAAUGCAAGAUACCAUUUUUGGCUUUAUGCAGUGGAAGAUUUGGCUGGUUUGGAGAUACGUGGACCGCCAAACGACCAAGCCAAUGCUGGAUAUGUUAACGGCGGGCUUCAACGUCUUUUGUAACAACGAUUACGGGUCAGCGGCUCGUCAAGCAUAUACUGAUCAUUACCAACGAGUGAGAAACACUAUUCCGAAGGAUCAGCUACUAGAGUUUCAUUUUGGCGAUGGCUAUGAGCCCCUUUGCAAGUUUCUCGACCUGCCAGUUCCUGCAAAGCCAUACCCCCAUCAGAACACUUCAGCGACUUUCAACGGUCUUCAAGAGAAGCUGUGGGUAUCGAUCAAGUCAACUUUGAGGACGGGAAUGUAUUUCGGAUUGACUGCCCUGUGUGUUGGAGCUGGGUCAUGGUACUUAUAUAAAUUCAAGAGUUCGGUUUUUCUGGCGGGAUUCAUGAAUGUGUAA